AUGUCUCUACACGGCCAGGUUUUCGCAAACGACCCUGAGAAGGGAGCUUCGGGGAUCUCGGCACGGUCUCGACUGAGUCGUAUAACAGGAUAUCUGAAGCAAGACAUUCGUUUGCAGCAUGCUGACCUUGUUCUCCUGGUGUGCGGCUUCAUAUCUGGCCUAUGCGACAGCGGUACAUUUAAUGCCUGGAGCUGUUUUGUGAGCAUGCAGACUGGGAACACAAUUUUUCUCGGGCUCGGUGCAUCGGGACUGCCACUCACCAAGUCUUAUGGCUGGCUUCGAUCACUAAUUGCCAUUAUCUCGUUCCUAGUGGGCUGCUUUUCAUUUUCCUUGAUGCGACACGUCAUACCUCGGAGUCGAGGCAUGCUUUCCGUAUCUUUCGUAUCACAAGGGCUUUGUCUGACAAUAGCCGCGGUUCUGGUGCAAGUAAAGGUGGUACCAGAUACGGCAGAUGGGUCGGAUUCCAUGAAGGUGUUAAUUCCGCUCGUUUUUCUGGGAUUCCAGGCUGGAGGUCAGGUCUGGACAAGCGAGGUUCUGGGCUUCAAGGAAAUUCCGACCACCGUGCUGACCAGUGUCUUCUUUGGACUGGCAUCAGAUGUCAAGUUCAUUUCAGGGCUGAGAGAGAACCCAGCACGGAAUCGACGGUUGGGAGCGGUGUGUGCACUUCUGCUGGGAGCCAUUUCAGGCGGAUGGCUCUGCCAAAGUCGAGCAGGAAUACCUGUGGUCUUUUUCGUAGCGGCCGGUUUGAAAUACUUUAUAGCUACGGCGUGGCUGGUCUGGUCGGCCCACUCUGCGUGA